AUGUCUCUGUCUCCGUUGGGGGUGGGCAGUGGUGGGGGCUCUCCCACCUCCAACGUGGGCUACUGCGGUGGUGGAGGGGUGCCUGUGGAGGACAUGCAGGCUCUGGCCAUAACCUCCCUGCCGGCUGCAGACAUGGCAAAACACUACGAGCACAUCUGCGAGCUGGGCAAGGGUACCUAUGGCAAGGUGGACCUGGUGGCACACCGCACAAAGGGUGAGUCAGAGGGCAUGCAUGUGAAGGGACAUUGUUAGGGGCAAAAGUUUCCAUAGAGUUUACACAGUCAUACUACAAUGUGAUCAGAGAGCCAGAGGGUGCCAUAGAAUGAAAGCUAAAUCAAGGGUUCAAUGAAAAAGGGCACUACAGUGACAGGGCAUUGUGAGGUCAAAGGUCACGAUACUGUAAGACUUCAGGGUGUAAGGGCUCUUAAUUACAAGGUUACAUGCCAUUAAGGUGAAGAGGGCACUAGACUGGGUAAAAGUGCAGGCCUUAAUGCUCAAAUCAGUUUAGUUUUUCAAAUCCGUUUUGGACUACUGAUUGUCCAAACAGCAAGUUACAAGUGACCAAAUCGGAUUUGUGUGUGUUGAGACAGCAGUCAUUUGCUGCAAAGGCUAUUCUAGUUGUCAUAGUAAUGAUGGGUAUGUGUGCAGUGAUGUAGGCUGAUUGGUGGUGGUGCUCAUGCUCCUAUCACUCAGAAGUUAUGUAGCAAGCUAAGGCGACAACAAUGCCUGCCAUGGACGUUUCCCAGUUGCUUUGACUGUUCAAAAUCAUAGGGUAAGAACACUUUUAAAGCCUCAAAGGAUAAGAUGAUCCAGCUUUCAAAACGAGUCAUUUUUGGCUAGCCACAGCAGUCAACGAGGUAGCUAGGUAGCUGUUUAGCUUUCUAGCACAUUCAGUCAUUUGUUUGUAAACUAUUAACAAGUCAGUUAUCUACCACAUGUUCUUGUCAAACUGUCAACAGAGUAGCUAGUAAGCGACAAGAUAUGCCAAAUAACAGUCUAAAAACCACUUGAGGGCAAAUCAAUCAGAUUUGACCAUUCAGACACAAGUCACAUGGCCAGGAAUCAGAUUUGUAUCUGACUAGGUGGUUUGAAAUGUGGCUUGAAAUAUCAGAUUCCAUGUGCUUUUUGGCUGUUCAGACUGCAGGAAAAAGAACAGAUUUGAAUCGUAUGUGCAAAUAAAUAGGAUUUGAGUCACUUCAAACUACCAAUGUGAACACGGCUUAAGAAGCUCUGCUUCCACAGCUGUGUGAGUAGUAAACAGCUGAGGGUGUGUUUCAGAGCACAGAGGAAGCUGGAAUCAGAUACACAGAAUCAGAUAGCACAGGCAUUUAGUUCAAUUAACUUAAUAAGUGUCAGUUAAGUUUAUAUUGCCUUGCCUAAGAUAUUGCUCUGAUACUAUACAGCAAGGUUUUUAUAAUAAACUGAAACUAAAACUAAUCAUGAAAAAACAAUUUAGUAAACUGAAUUAAAAUAAUUAACAAACCAGUUUGAAAAACGAAAACUAUAAUGAAACUAUUAUCGUUGACUUCAAAACGAACUAAAAUAAAAUUGUAGUUUUUCUUCUAAGCUUUGGGGAGAAAAUCUAAUGGGGUUUUCAACUUACUGAAUCUGGCGGGUAAAUGCUGCCAGGAGAUGCCGAUGUUUCAAAUAGGUCUAGUUUGUGCAUCACUAUUAGUCUCUCUAGAAAGACAGGUUGCUUGCCUGUCUUAUGAUACUUCAAGGUCUGGGAUAUCCGAGACGACAUCACUAUCACUAGCUAUCACUAGAAAUAAUCGCUAGGUAGCUAACUUGAUUCUUCUUACAUGUCCUACUGAGGUGAAAAAGCAUUGGAUUGGUGUAAAUAUGGGCGAGAGAGAGUUUCCUUCCACCAUAUUUUUUGCACCAGUUUCAGCACUGUUCCUUUUAAAUCCUAGUCACAUUGACAUUUACUUUAUAAUUUAAAGGGCCAAUCAGCAGUUGAAAAAUAACAAAGCGUUUUCCCCGCCACAAGCUGAGGGAUGGCUCUGGAGAAAUGUAACCUCUCUCAAAUUCAUAGACAGAGCUAUGGAAGCACGAACUGACUCAACCUAUGACCUGACCUAUCACCUUAUGUAUUGCUGCCCCCUAGAAAAUAAACACACACAAAAACUAUACAACACAAAUGGCUCCUAGCCUGGCCCACGUAUACUAAAACGUAAUAAUAAAAAAACGAAAUACAACUGAAACAGGUCUGAAAACUAACGGAAACUAAACUGAAUUCCAAAUACAAAUCCCAACACUAAUAGAAAUAAAAACGAAUAUAAAAAACAAAACUAUAAUUACCUUGCUGUACAGUAUGUUGAUACAGUAUGUGAGUUAUUGUAAUGUUGUUAACUCAGGUGUGGGUGUGAGCGUGUGCUUGUUUCUGUGUGCGUGCGUGUCUGUCUUCUGAAAUGUUGCCAAACAAAUUUCCCUAUGGGACAUUAAAGUAUUCAUUCAUUUAUUCUGUCCAUCUCUGUGUGUACAUAUCAGGCACCAAAAUGGCUCUGAAGUUUGUGACUAAGAGCAAGACGAAGCUGAAGAGCUUCCUGAGGGAGUACAGCCUGACGGGAACACUGAGCUGUAGCCCCUUUAUCAUCAAAGUCCUGGACGUACUCUUCGAGACCGAGGAUAGCUACGUCUUCGGACAGGAGUAUGCCCCUGCAGGAGACCUGUUCGACAUCAUUCCUCCCCAGGUACUGUACUGGAUCAUACUUAUCAUCUCCCCACCAAUCACUGUUCUCCCACACCCUAGCCAAUCAAGCGCAGUGUUUCAAAGCGCUGUGCUUCUGUGAUUCUGGGAUUGGAGCCUUGUCCCUACUCAGACUUGAGCUGCUCCUUUAGUGUACUGUAGGGCUCUCGUUUCAUUUCAGUGCUUUUCAGUGGAGGGACUGGUACCCAGACUCAAAGGUUCUUACUUUAGGGUGUUAAAGAUGAGUGCAACAUAACGCUUAACAGAGCCUCUUUGUCCCACUUUACUCCCUCUACGCCUACAUUCUGUUUCUUUCUCAUUUCAUUUAUUGUACUUCGUUUACCUCCCCUACUGUAUCUCAAUCUCAAACUAAUCUGUUCACCCCUUUCUCUUUCUUCCCACCUUCCUCCUCUCCUGCUCCCUGUAGGUGGGUCUUCCGGAGGAGAUGGUGAAGCGCUGUAUGCAGCAGCUGGGUCUGGCUCUGGACUUCAUGCACAGCAAGAACCUGGUGCACCGUGACGUCAAGCCCGAGAACGUGCUCCUCUUCGACCGCGAGUGCCGACGCGUCAAGCUGGCUGACUUCGGCAUGACGCGGCGACUGGGCUGCCGGGUGAAGCGCGUGAGUGGCACCAUCCCGUACACGGCGCCGGAGGUGUGCCGCGCCAGUCGUGCCGAAGGCUUCCUGGUGACCACCAGUCUGGACAUCUGGGCAUUCGGAGUGCUUGUCUUCUGCAUGCUGACUGGCAACUUUCCCUGGGAGGCAGCGCUGCCCGCUGACGCCUUCUAUGAUGAGUUCCGGCGCUGGCAGCGGGCGGGGUGCCCCACAGCGGCCUAUCCAUCCCAGUGGCGCCGCUUCACUGAUGACGCCCUGCGCAUGUUCCAGCGGCUGCUAGCUCCCGAACCUGAGAAGCGCUGUGGCGUGAAGGAUGUCUUCUGCUUUGUCAAGUACGAGCUGGUCAGCGAGCUCCGACGCCGUGCCUCCUGCCGAGCCAAGAGAGGUGAGAGGUCCAGUUCAUCUGGUGUAUGCCCUGCAGGCUGCACCUCUACCUCCUCUUCGUCCUCCUCCUCAUCGCGCUCCCACAGACACCCAGAGCCCUCCACCCCCCCAGGGACGACCUCCCUCUUGCGCCCAGCGCCCCUGAAGAGGAGCGUCCUCUCUGACCCCCACUCCCUUCGAGAGGAGUCUCCUGGCCAGCACCACUCUUCUCCAGGGCGAGAGAAGACCAAGAGCCAGAUGGUGAUGGCUACUGCCAUAGAGAUCUGUGUCUGA